GGAACAGAAUCCGUACGAGUGCCAGUUCAAGCUCUCGCCGGUCGUUGUGGCUGUGAAUGAGGCACUGGCCUCGCUCCGAGAGGGCAAGGAGAAGGAGGCCUCAAUUGCCGAGAAGCGACAACAUGUAUGCAAGCAGGGUGAGAAUAUGAUCCACCAGCUGAAGGGCAAGCUGGAGCGAGGCGAGAUCACAGAGCAGGAAAUGCUCAGCAAAUCCAAGGUUGUGGUACAGUGGCAGUCCAAGAAGGACUCGGAGCUGGACGUGGCUCUGGGAGACAUGGAGUCGGAGAUUUGCGGCAAGGUGGAGAACGCAUGCAAUUUCAUUCUGGAUGCCUGGAAAGCGAUUGCUGCACCUGCAUGCAGCCUGCUGACCAUUCCGGAAAAGGACGACGACAUCCUCAUGGAGUUGGAGAUGGGUCUUAAUGGGACGUCUGAGAAGGACCAAUUGGGUUUCAACCAGCUAUGCCACCGCCCCGAGUCCCUCGAGCGAUUCCUUAAGGAGCUGAUGCAGCAGCCGUUGCAGGAGCAGUUGCAGACACACAAGCAGAACAACGACCAGGCGCCAGUUGCUGCGGUCCCCGCGACCGAGGACAAGCCGAACAACGGCCAGACGCAGACGAACGGAUCGGUGCCACUUGCUGCGGCCCCCACACCAGAGGACAAGCAGAACAACGACCAGACGCAGACGAACGGAUCGGUGCCACUUGCUGCGGCCCCCACACCAGAGGACAAGCAGAACAGCCACCAGACGCAGACGAACGGAUCGGCAAUCGAGGACCCGAAAGUCGCCAAGCAGCAGCUGCAUGAAGCAGCCGUGGUCGAGGCUCAGUCCUUGCAGCGAAGGGCGGGGGGAAAUGGUUCCGUGAACAGAGCGAUCGAUUCUGGGCUCGUGGAUGAUGUGCUCAAGCAUCCGGACAAGUACAACGUCCAGGAGACUAAGGAGCACGAACUCGUGCGAGUUUGGGAGUCGGCGAAAAUCACGUCGAGCAGCAAGAACUCGACAGAGGCGACGAUUCGUGCUGAGAUGGACUUGACCGCGCAGCAAACUCGGGAGCUUCUGCCGGUGGCUAUGCAGCUUGGGAACUUGCCCGAUGGACCGUCGUCGUCCCGCCUGCCGACGCCAGCCGGCUUGAUGACCCGGGGCUCAGCAGAGGAUUUGGCUAAGGAGGCCGAGGAGUACAAGAAGCUUCGCAAGGCGGGCAAGGGCGGAUUCGCCCAGCAGGUCAAAGGCAAGUGCAAGAUUGGGGAAGGCAAGCUGGAGGAGCUCGCUGGACUCAAAGCCCAGCUUGCUGCGAAGCCGGCACACAUGUCGGAGCCUCUGCAAGUUGGCUACACUGCCGAGCUGGAGCUGCACAGCAAGUCCUUGACGCAGGCUAUGGAGAUUCUGAAGGCCGAUGAUCUGGCCGAGGACCUUCCCGAGAAGCAGCAGGCCCAGCAGGCUGCCGUGGAUGCCUUCAAUGACAAAGUGAAGGCAUACACCGAUGCUGCAUCCAUGAUAAAGAAGAAGCUAGCCAAAGCGAAAGCCAAGGGUAAGGCGAAGGGAAAAGCCAAGGCAAAAGCUGCCAAGUGUCUGUCGCAAAGCGAUGUGGGCCCGCUCUGUCGUCAUGUGCUGAAGUGCACCGGCAAAGGGGACCUCAGCUUUUGCGGGGCUGCGGAGAUGCUGCGGCGUGGACACAAGGUUCCGAUGUCUUGGGUUCGUGUGCCUAUGCGGACCUCCUUUACGGAUGCCACCGUGGUGUACAGGCACUCGCAGCCGCUGUUCAAGCCGAAGUGUCUCCGCGGCCAGAACGGCGAGGUUGAGCUGGCAGCCAAGGCCUAUAAUGCCCGGGUGAUCAUUAGCUGGUUGGGUGACCUCGUCACGGAGCUCAUCCACACUGACGAGAGCUAUCAGACAGAGGCCACGCAGGAAUUGGCAUACUUCGCGAGAAUCAACUAUAGAUUUUACCACACCUUCAUAUCAGAAGAUAUGAACGGCCGCCUGGUCAGCAUCGCAUCGAGAGCACAUUCCAGAGCGCUGGAAAGAUCGACUUUGCAACGGUACUACUUGUGGCUCGUUGCUGAUCACGAUGAAAGCGACGACGAGAUGGGCGGGAACUGA